GCCGACGGCGUGGGGGCUGGAGGCGGAAUGGAGAAAGGAUUGAAUGGUUAGGGUUACACAAUUGCUUUAUAUACUCUAUUUUUUGGGCCUAGUUUUUAUGGGCCAUAUGGGCCAAAUACACAGGAUGAUACUAUACACAUACUAUUAUAUCGGGCCUCCACGGAGAGCGGGGACGGGGGACGGUGAACCAAACCCGCCCCCGCCAGACCCGAUGGAGACUACUUCCUCUCCAUUUGAUUCCCCAUGGAGACACAAUUGAUACCAUCACCAUCACCUAAUAGGAGAAUUCUCCACGGGGGACCGGGGAGCGGGUACCCAUUGCCAUCUCUAUCCACCACUGCCUCCCCUCCAAGGCACGCACUAAUCUGUACACGAUUCAUCUGCUCAGAUAAGCUACUAACUUACACAGUUUUGCAUGCAUUGCUAUAUCUCUCUCUCGUCGAUCUGCAGAUCGACCAAGCAAUACACAAUGGCCACUCGGGCAAACGGCAGCUCAUGCUCCCUGGCCAGCCUCAUGGCGGCCAUCUUCUUCCUCCUAGUCGUCUCCUCCCGGGGCGCCCAUGGCGGCAGAAUUGCCAUCUACUGGGGCCAGAACGGCAACGAGGGCACCCUCGCCGACACCUGCGCCACGGGCAACUACGCCUUCGUCAACCUCGCCUUCCUCUGCAGCUUCGGCUCGGGCCAGGCCCCGCAGCUCAACCUCGCCGGCCACUGCGACGCCUACUCGGGCGCCUGCGCCAACCUCACCGCCGACAUCGCCCGCUGCCAGUCCAUGGGCGUCAAGGUCCUCCUCUCCAUCGGCGGCGGCGCCGGCGGCUACUCGCUCGCCUCCAAGCAGGACGUGUCCCACCUCGCCCGGUACCUCUGGGAGAGCUUCCUCGGCGGCCGCCCGUCGGCGCCGGGCGGCAGGAGGCCGCUCGGCGACGCGGUGCUCGACGGCGUCGACUUCGACAUCGAGGGCGGCGGCGGCGACCCCCGCUACUACGGCGACCUCGCCGCGUACCUCAAGGCGUACAGCGGCAAGGGCGCCGCCGGCAAGGAGGUGCUCCUCUCGGCGGCGCCGCAGUGCCCGUUCCCGGACCAGUGGGUCGGCAAGGCGCUCGACACCGGCCUGUUCGACUACGUGUGGGUGCAGUUCUACAACAACCCGCCGUGCCAGUACGCCGCAGGGAGCGGCGGCGGCGCCGCCAACCUGCUCGACGCAUGGCGCCAGUGGACGUCGGGGGUGGAGGCCAGGUACAUCUUCCUCGGGCUGCCGGCGUCGCCCGGCGCGGCGGGGAGCGGGUUCAUCCCGGUGGGGAGCCUCGAGUCGCAGGUGUUGCCGGCGCUGAAGGCGUCGAGCAAGUACGGCGGGGUGAUGCUGUGGUCCAGGUACUACGACGAUCAGGAUGGAUACAGCUCCGCCAUCAAGAAUGCCGUCUGAUUUGAUCGAUUGAUCGAUCUCUCGUGCCUCUGCACGUUGUGAUUCUAUCUGUGUACAUUUAUCUGCUUCGAUUCCUACUCGUAGUUUAUCUGUAUGCAUGAGAGAUUGAGAGAUUAUAUGGAAAUAAACGAUUAUGCCACAUCUACAAGCUUGGUUUACUGAGGAUUAUCCAAUAAAGAACUGUUCUUAGUUUUAAAAAAAA